AUGACCACCGCUGAGAGGGAUUUUGUUACCAGGUUUCUAACUCUGACUAGUAUAAAUGAACCUGCGCUUUCGAAGGAUUACUUCAAGCCACUCGAAGAAAUCCAAGAAUUAGGUCUUUCAUUAAAACCGUUAAAUUACAAGUACGAUCACAAGCGUGUGAAGCUUGCUGAAUCGCAGCAACCCAAUGAUAUUGAGAUCACUAUAAAAUCUAUCAAACCACCUAAGUUUAAUCAUACAAAGGUUUUUAAACCUAACAAUACAGUUCUAGAAGUAAAAGCAUUUCUAAAGAGUAUUGAAAAGGGAGUAAGUGAGGAUGUUGAAAUCAAGUUGUUGUUGAAGGGUAAAGUCUUGCAUGAUAGUUUGUUACUAUCGGAUUUAAAAGCUGCGAAAGUUCUUCUAACAGCGAUGAUCGCUAAAGCGAAGGCACCGUCUGCGGUACCAAAGACCAAAUCCGACUCUGAACCUGUUGUGGUUGAAGCUGCAGACUUCGAGGUUGGCGUACCAUGGGAUAAGAUUCACGAUGUGUUGGCUGGUGUGUUUAAAGAUGACCUAACCACUUCUACGACUUUAGAUAGACUAAGAAGAGGUUGGGAGCUUGCUAAGUAA